CGCGCUCCGGGAGCCAUGGGCGCCUGGGGCGCGCGGGGGGCGGCGACCGCGCCGCUGCUGGUGGCCGCGGCCGCGCUGCUGGUGGGCGUCACGGGCCACCUGUACCCGGGAGAGGUGUGUCCGGGCAUGGACAUCCGGAACAACCUCACCAGGCUGCACAGGCUGGAGAACUGCUCCAUCAUCGAGGGACAUUUGCAGAUCCUCUUGAUGUUCAAGACGAAGCCAGAAGACUUCCGAGACCUCAGUUUCCCCAAACUGGUCAUGAUCACCGAUUACUUGCUGCUCUUCCGGGUAUAUGGCCUUGAGAGCCUGAAGGACCUGUUCCCCAACCUCACGGUCAUCCGUGGCUCCCGCCUCUUCUUCAACUACGCGCUGGUCAUCUUCGAGAUGGUCCAUCUGAAGGAGCUGGGGCUCUACAGCCUCAUGAACAUCACGCGGGGCUCCGUGCGCAUCGAGAAGAACAAUGAGCUCUGCUACUUGGCCACCAUCGACUGGUCCCGCAUCCUGGAUUCUGUGGAGGACAACUACAUCGUGCUGAACAAAGAUGACAAUGAGGAGUGUGGAGACAUCUGCCCAGGCACCACGAAGGGCAAGACCAACUGUCCCGCCACUGUCAUCAACGGGCAAUUCAUAGAGCGGUGCUGGACUCACAGUCACUGUCAGAAAGUCUGCCCGACCAUGUGCAAGUCCCACGGCUGUACCACCGAAGGCCUCUGCUGUCACAGCGAAUGCUUGGGCAACUGCUCCGAGCCUGAUGACCCCACCAAGUGUGUGGCUUGCCGAAACUUCUACCUGGAUGGCAGGUGCGUGGCGUCCUGCCCGCCUCCCUACUACCACUUCCAGGACUGGCGCUGUGUGAACUUCAGCUUCUGCCAGGAGCUGCACAAUAAAUGCAAGAACUCUCGCAGGCAAGGUUGCCACCAGUACGUCAUUCACAAUGACAGGUGCAUCCCUGAGUGUCCCUCUGGGUACACGAUGAAUUCCAGCAACUUGAUGUGCACCCCGUGCCUGGGCCCCUGCCCCAAGGUCUGUCACCUCCUGGAAGGCGAGAAAACCAUUGACUCCGUCACGUCGGCGCAGGAGCUUCGAGGCUGCACUGUGAUCAACGGGAGCCUCAUCAUCAACAUCCGGGGAGGCAACAACCUGGCAGCAGAACUGGAGGCUAACCUCGGCCUCAUUGAGGAGAUUUCAGGGUAUCUAAAAAUCCGCCGAUCCUAUGCUCUUGUAUCACUUUCCUUCUUCCGGAAGUUACGCUUGAUUCGAGGGGAAACCUUGGAAAUCGGGAACUACUCUUUCUAUGCCUUGGACAACCAGAACCUAAGGCAGCUGUGGGACUGGAGCAAACACAACCUCACCAUCACUCAGGGGAAACUCUUCUUCCAUUAUAAUCCCAAACUCUGCCUGUCAGAAAUCCACAAGAUGGAAGAAGUUUCGGGAACCAAGGGGCGCCAGGAGAGGAACGACAUUGCCCUGAAGACGAACGGGGACCAGGCAUCUUGUGAAAAUGAAUUACUUAAAUUUUCAUCCAUUCGGACAAGUUCUGACAAGAUCUUGCUGAGAUGGGAGCCCUACUGGCCCCCCGACUUCAGGGACCUCUUAGGAUUCAUGCUCUUCUACAAAGAGGCCCCUUAUCAGAACGUGACCGAGUUUGACGGGCAGGAUGCGUGUGGCUCCAACAGCUGGACCGUGGUGGACAUCGACCCGCCCUUGAGAUCCAAUGACCCCAAGUUGCAGAACCACCCUGGGUGGCUGAUGAGAGGUCUCAAGCCCUGGACCCAGUACGCCAUCUUUGUCAAGACCUUGGUCACCUUUUCUGACGAGCGCCGGACGUAUGGGGCCAAGAGCGACAUCCUCUACGUGCAGACGGAUGCCACCAACCCGUCUGUCCCGCUGGACCCCAUCUCCGUGUCGAAUUCUUCAUCCCAGAUAAUUUUGAAGUGGAAGCCUCCCUCGGACCCCAACGGCAACAUCACGCACUACCUGGUUUACUGGCAGAGGCAGGAGGAAGACAGUGAGCUGUACGAGUUGGAUUAUUGCCUCAAAGGGCUGAAGCUGCCCUCCCGGGCGUGGUCCCCGCCCUUCGAGUCUGAGGAUGCCCAGAAACACAACCAGAGCGAGUACGAGGAGUCGGCGGGCGAGUGCUGCUCCUGCCCCAAGACCGACUCUCAGAUCCUCAAGGAGCUGGAGGAGUCUUCGUUCCGGAAGACCUUCGAGGAUUACCUGCACAACGUGGUCUUCGUGCCCAGAAAUCCCUCUGCAGGCAGUGGUGCCCAGGACCCUAGGCCCUCGCGGAAGCGCAGGUCCCUGGGUGAGGUGAAUGUGACCACAGCGGUGCCCUUGGUACCGGGUUUCCCCACCCUCUCCUCCGUCAGCGUGCCCACCAACGCGGAGGAGCACAGGCCCUUCGAGAAGGUGGUGAACAAGGAGUCCCUGGUCAUCUCUGGCCUGCGACACUUCACCGGCUAUCGGAUUGAGCUGCAGGCCUGCAACCAGGAUGCUCCGGAGGAGAGGUGCAGCGUGGCUGCCUAUGUCAGCGCCAGGACCAUGCCCGAAGCCAAGGCGGAUGACAUCGUCGGCCCUGUGACGCACGAAAUCUUUGAUAACAACGCUGUUCACUUGAUGUGGCAAGAACCAAAGGAACCCAAUGGCCUGAUCGUGCUGUAUGAAGUGAGUUAUCGGCGGUACGGGGAAGAGGAGCUGCACCUGUGUGUCUCCCGGAAGCACUACGCCCUGGAGAAGGGGUGCAGACUGCGGGGGCUGCAGCCAGGCAACUACAGCGUGCGGAUCCGGGCCACCUCCCUGGCGGGGAACGGCUCCUGGACGGAAGCCACCUAUUUCUACGUGACAAAUUAUUAUGUCUCAUCAAACAUUGCAAAGAUGAUCAUUGGUCCCCUCAUUUUCGUCUUUCUCUUCAGUAUUGUGAUUGGGAGUAUUUAUCUAUUCCUGAGGAAGAGACAGCCGGAUGGGCCAAUGGGACCGCUGUACGCCUCCUCGAACCCUGAGUACCUCAGCGCCAGUGACGUAUUUCCCUGUUCUGUGUAUGUGCCGGACGAGUGGGAGGUCCCUCGAGAGAAGAUCACCCUCCUGAGAGAGCUGGGGCAGGGCUCCUUUGGCAUGGUAUACGAGGGAAAUGCCAAGGACAUCGUCAAGGGUGAGGCAGAGACUCGAGUGGCGGUGAAGACGGUCAAUGAAGCAGCCAGUCUCCGAGAGAGGAUCGAAUUCCUCAACGAGGCCUCCGUCAUGAAAGGCUUCACAUGUCAUCACGUGGUUCGCCUCCUGGGAGUGGUGUCCAAGGGCCAGCCAACGCUGGUGGUGAUGGAGUUGAUGGCCCAUGGAGACUUGAAGAGCUACCUCCGCUCCUUGCGGCCAGAGUCUGAGAAUAACCCCGGCCGCCCUCCCCCUACUCUACAAGAGAUGAUUCAGAUGGCGGCGGAGAUUGCCGAUGGGAUGGCGUACCUGAAUGCCAAGAAGUUUGUGCACCGAGACCUGGCAGCUCGAAACUGCAUGGUUGCCCAUGAUUUUACUGUCAAAAUCGGAGACUUUGGAAUGACCAGGGACAUCUACGAAACGGAUUACUACCGGAAAGGGGGCAAAGGUCUGCUCCCUGUGCGGUGGAUGGCACCGGAGUCCCUGAAAGAUGGGGUCUUCACCACUUCCUCCGACAUGUGGUCCUUUGGUGUAGUCCUUUGGGAAAUCACCAGCUUGGCAGAACAGCCUUACCAAGGGCUGUCUAAUGAACAGGUGUUGAAAUUUGUCAUGGAUGGAGGGUAUCUGGACCAGCCUGACAAUUGUCCAGAGAGAGUCACUGACCUGAUGCGCAUGUGCUGGCAGUUCAACCCCAAGAUGCGGCCGACCUUCUUGGAGAUCGUCAGCCUGCUGAAGGAUGACCUUCAUCCCAGCUUCCCAGAAGUCUCCUUCUUCCACAGCGAGGAGAACAAGGCCCCUGAGAGUGAGGAGUUGGAGAUGGAGUUCGAGGACAUGGAGAAUGUCCCCUUGGAUCGGUCCUCACACUGUCAGAGGGAGGAGGCCGGGGGCCGGGAGGGAGGGUCCUCGCUGGGCAUCAAGCGGAACUAUGAAGAGCACAUCCCGUACACCCACAUGAACGGGGGCAAGAAGAACGGGCGGAUCCUGCCCCUGCCCCGGUCCAGCCCUUCCUAACAGUGCCUGCUUGGGGAAGGGCUUCCCGCGUUUUUCUACUUUCCUCUGGUUUGGACGCCUCCAGAAAACUCAGGAUUCUCACGACUCUACCCUGAUGUCAAACGGAGCUCAGAUUGUUCCCAAACAUUUUUGCGCAUCUUUUGACCUAAAGCAUACGGAUGUGAUUGCUGAUCCAACUCAUCGUCCUCAGAGGAUUUAACUGUGAACCGAGAGGGAAAGGGGUUUCCACGGCUGCUGCCUUUUUGGGGCAUAAACAGUUUCAAACCAGGACUCUUUUUUUUCUGUUUUUGUAGGAGAUUGAGGGAAAAAAGCACCUGUUUUUACAAAGAUGUUUUUUCUUUUUUUUUUUUUGCUGGUGUCUGAGCUAUAAGAUAAAUCUUGUUUGUGGAACAAAAGUUGGCAAGAAAGGAGAAGCAAAAUCCCGUUUCAGGAGAAUUCGAAGCUUGACAGGGUGAGCUUUGAGAAAUUUUUCUCAUCCAGGUGGAAGGAUUUUAUUUUUCUUAUUCACAAAAUCAGUUCCUCAAAUUGACCAAUAGCUGCUGCUUUCAUAUUUUUGAUAAAGGGUGUGCAGUCCCCACUUGUCUGCACAUACACAUGUGUGCAUCAGUAUGCAUGUGUGUCCAGGUUAGAGCCUGCUGGUGUGUGUCCGGGUGUGCAACACAUUCAUGCUGGGUUGAUGCUUUGGGUAUUGGCUCAUGAAGGUUCUGCUGUUCAGUGUGUUUAAGCUCACAUCCUUUUCUCCCCUUCCUUUGUGUUACUGGGAGACGGUGUCCUCAACAGAUUCUUCUCAUGUAGAAAUAUUGCCUCAGGUGUUGUCUCUUGUUCCUGUUGGUGACAAAAUGUUUUCCAGGAGCUGAGUGAGAAGCAUUUAGAUUGGAGCGAUUGUGGAUCUCCAGAAGACCAAAAAAAAACCAGAACAAAAAAAAUGGAAGAAAAAGAAGAAGAAGGAGGAGGAGGAGGAGAAGAAGAGGAAGAAGAAAAGAAGAAAAGGAAAUAGAAGAAGAAAGAACUGAGAUGACAAAGAGUAUUGAGAACAUAUUUGUAACGUAUCUAAUUUUUAGGGAAUCUCUGGCAGCCUCCUAAGUUAUUGACUAUCUCCUGGGUGUUGGGUGGGAGAUGGUGCGUGGGUCUGCCUGUGGGGGAGAGGGAGCGAGGCCUGAAUGUCCUCCUUGUUCAGUCUCAAAGGCAUCCUUUUCUGGGAAUUAAGCCACAUUAGCUGCUAACCCUUUUGGACAUCGUGAGGCCAUGCGGAGUAUGUGGGCGGCUGGGUUUUGUGGAUGGUCUGGCUCAGAUCCUAAGGUCUGCAGGAAGUUUCCUGCUUGGAUAAGCUGAUGAUUACCUAGAGCUGAGCCUGCCUUUGGGAACCACUGUGUGCAUCCAGUGGUUCUCUGCGUGUACCUUACCUCUGAGGCACUCCUUCUCCUGGGUGUGUAUCUUCCUCAGUUAUUAUGCAAACACAACAGAAUCUGAUCCCAAAGAUCCACAACAAUGGAUGGACUUUGAAAAUGCUAAGCAAUAUUAAAGGAGAUGCCCUGGGAAAACCUGUGGGUGCCCCUCUACUCUUGGGGCAUCUGACUGUCCUCAGAACCAAACUCCCAGAGCUGCUCUGUGCCCAGGGACCACAGCUGGGCCAGAUGUGGUGCCUGAGGGAAUAUAUUUCUCAGGUGCUUAUAAUGUUGCAAUCCCUAAGAGACUUCAAGUCUGGAGGAGAAACCAUCAAAGGCCUUCCUAUCAAUGAGAACUUCCACAUGGAUGUGACUCCACUGUUUCUUCUUCAUGUGAAAAGAACCACGGCUGCUCAAGUGAAGAAUGUGGUGAACCUACUACUUGGAUUCAUCAAAAUGAUCACCCAUGGGUUCUCCCUGAGUGUAUUUUCUCAUAAGUGUUCGAUUGCUUCCUUUUUUCUUAAGAGUUGUGGGAUAGACACAUAAUGACAACCUCCAAGGCCUCUCAAUUCUUGAUUAAGAACACAGGUACACACAAAUCCCAAUUGCCUAUUGCUGUUAUUUAUAUGAUUUGAGAAAUUACAGUGUGCAAAAUAUUGCUGGGGAGCAUCCACAGUGGAUACAAGAAGCAGGAGUAUAGAAAUUAUUUUUGCCAAAAUUAAUUUAUAAAUAGAAAUGGGUCUGUAUGUAAAUUAAAGACACACGUAGAUCUAGGUAUUUUGUUCUUUUCAUAGUAAAUUUGUAGUGGCCAUAUACUACAGUAGCAGCAAUUUUCACAUUUUUCUAAUUCAGAAAGGUUUUUCUUAUAUUACUGGGGGAAAGUAUUUAUUUUAAUAUAUAAAAUUACUCUAAAAUCACUUUCGAAAAAAUGGAAUGCAUGUAAAUUUUUAUCAAGGAAAAAUAAAUAGGUGAAUGUGGGUAUGAUUUUUUUUUCAGCACAGUCUACCUCAGUGUAUUGUUAGGAUGUGGUUCAGUUACGGACAUCUUUGAGACAUCUGAAUUGUGUUCGGAUCCAAUCUGUAUUAGGGAAAAUAGGUAUCAACUGAUUCUGAAUGCCAAGGACCAGUAAGGAUUUUGAGGGAGGAAGUUGGGAUGGAGAAGUUGUAGCCUUCACAUGAACGUAAAUCCUUUUACUCCUGGCUGAUAAUAUUCUCUGAGUUUAAUCUUCAUUUUAAAAAUGGAAUCUUCUAUCUAUUGACACCACGCUCCCCAAACAUAAGCCAAGGCUUAGGCCAUGAGGGUGUCUCUGAUAUAUGAGGUACGUGGUCUUAUCUUCCUCUGUGAGAGGGCAGCGUCCCGUGUCCUAUUGAGGUGAAGACAACCUUUGACUCACAGCCAGCACCUCACUGUCUCCCCAAGUCCCCCAGAAGUGAGUACAAAGGUGCUCAGGCUCUCUGAUGCUUUGUUCCCACUCCUUUCAGACUGGUGAUGCUCUCUGUGGACAGAAUGAAUUUCAUUCUUGGGCACCUCACAUCUAACAACUACAGCAAUGUUUCAUUUUUUUCUUCUGAGUGGGAAGGAGGUAUUUUUGGAAACCCCGGUCUGAAACUCAUCCGUGUACUGAGUACAUUUUUAGCAACAAAACCUUGGACCCCUGCGUAAAGGUUUGGUUGACCUCAAGUGGAUGCUGAUUGACUUUGUGCAAAUUUGAGAACCCAUCUGCAGCUCUAGGCAGGGCCAGCAUGGUUGCUGUCACACCCUCUACACCUCACUCUCUUGUAGUUUUAGAUUCUGCCCUUCCAGACUCACCCUUCUCGACCUGCCCUGGAGAGGGAUAGAGUGCUGGGCCCACCCUGUGUGGGUGGGACAUCACCAAUUUCAUCCUGAUUCAUGAUACUGCAUGGAAAAGAACAAGCAGUUGAAGGGUUACAAAUUUCCUUUUAUCAUUGGGAAAUGUUGACUUUGGAACAACAGAACUUUGGCUAUAGAAAGGUGCAAAUGUCCUGAGAAUUUGUAGUGAUGGAUUACAAAAAAGCAACAAAACCAGAUUGGGUUGACACUUCGUUUGUUUUUUAAAGAAGGUGCACUAUUAGAAAACAUUUUUUCUUAAAAUAGUGGAAUCUAUGCUGUCAUAGUUUCUUCUUCUAGGAGGAGAAUACCAAACAUCCCUUUCUCCGCGGGUCAGUCAGUGCUAGCAACCACAUACCAGGAAACGAUUGUGUUUGGGGAGCUGUCCUAGGUCCUGUCCUGUCAUUUGAAGUUAGUACAGAGGGGAAGCAUUGCUGGUUCUUUGGAUAUAGGCUGAGCAAAAUUGACUGAAAAUGUGGGAAUUGAUACAAGGAUCUGCAUGUAAAAUGCUGUGAUUUCUGGGAAUUAUGCCACCAAUCAAUGGGCAGAUCUUCCACUCUGUCACACCAAGGCACAAUAAGAUGCACGUAUUGAGUUGGGAGCUAUUUAUUGCAGCCCACUGUAACACUGGACACUGGCUGUUUCAUCACCAGGGCCUGGCCUGUACUGGCCACCUUGGCAAUGAAUGGAUGUACCAUUGUCCCAACAAAAGUCAUUCUCCUACUUCAUGGUGGGUGGGAGUUUGGGGUUAAAUGUCUUUUGGAUGCCAUCUGGUGAGUUCUUGAUACAUUAGGCUCUUCAGAAAUUAUGGAUUUGUUGGGGUUGGGGAAAGAGGAAUGGUGAUUUUUUUAUAUAAAGGGUGCACAUAGAGUAGAACCAUUUUGAAAAAUCUUCAAAAAUUUAAUUUACAGCAGAGUGGAGGCUGGAAAAGGGAAGAACAGACCCAACAGUUGUUCAGAACACAUAAUAGAAUAUGAUGGACUUUUCAGAAGUUGUGACCUAAGACAAAUGUGUCUUUAGGGGUCCCUAAGACAGGGAGGGAAGUAAUGACUUUUAUUGAGGUCAUUGUCACUUUCUGCUAACCAUCAAAGUCCAGGACUAGCCUCCAGCCAAAUUUUAUCUAAGUGUGGGCCUCAAAAAUCCUUGAUAGAAACCAGAUCAUGAAUCUAGGGCUCUUGGUUCCAUUUGAAAAGGAAGGAACAGCUCCCGGAUGCAUGUGCAGUCACGCACAUAUUCAGGAAUGGCUUGUUUGGUCUUUAUACUUUGUGUCAAAGUUGCUGCUCCUUGUCCUUUCGUGUGCCUAGGUGGCCUCAGCCCUGCGUGUUAGCGGCGCAGGAUCCAAUGUGCCACAGCUUUUGCUGAAAAUAACUCAGAAACACAAAACCCACCCAAAUCUCAAUUAUUAUUUUUUCAAUGUUUUCCUACAAGAGCCAAGUAGCAUCAUGUACAGACUAUGCCUUUUUUAGAGGGAGGGGAAUUGAAAUUUUUCUGCAUGUAAAAUAUGGAAUAAUUACUUGUUUAUAUUAAAAUUCUGAAUAAAUUAUCUGAGAAUA